CACCCCACUGCUUACCCUCCCUGGCAGCCUCUUCACGGCUCUCUUGUUCUCCUGGACCCAGGUAUGCCAUUGACCAGAGUUCUGACCUGGAGCACAUCUUCGACAUUGACCCAGAGAGGGGCACCAUUGUGACAGGCAAGCUACUGGACCGGGAGACGGCCGGCUGGCACAACAUCACCGUCUUGGCCAUGGAGGCAGACAACCCCGAGAAAGUGUCCCGAUUGUCCCUGCAGAUCCGCAUCCUGGAUGUGAACGACAACCCGCCCGAGCUGGCCACUCCCUACGAGGCUGCGGUGUGCGAGGACGCCAAGGCUGGAGAGCUCAUCCACACCAUCAGCGUGGUGGAUCGAGACGAGCCCCAGAGCGGGCACCACUUUUAUUUCACGCUGGCCCCGGAGGCCUCGGGCAGCAGCCGCCACUUCUCCCUCCUGGACAUCACGG